AUGGGGACACCGGCUCUGCAGGGCCUCUUCCUCCUUUUCCUCCCGCUGCUGCAGCCCCUCGGAGCCUCAGCGGGAAGCUUGCACAGUCCAGGCCUGUCCGAGUGCUUCCAGGUGAAUGGCGCCGACUAUCGCGGCCACCAGAACCACACCGGCCCGCGCGGGGCCGGACGUCCGUGUCUCUUCUGGGACCAAACACAGCAGCACAGCUACAGCAGCGCCAGCGACCCGCAGGGCCGCUGGGGGCUGGGCGCGCACAACUUCUGCCGGAACCCAGAUGGUGAUGUGCAGCCGUGGUGCUACGUGGCUGAGACGGAGGAGGGUAUCUACUGGCGCUAUUGUGACAUCCCCACGUGUCACAUGCCAGGGUAUCUGGGCUGCUUCGUGGACUCGGGUGCACCUCCAGCUCUCAGUGGCCCCAGCGGCACCUCCACGAAGCUCACGGUACAGGUGUGCCUUCGCUUCUGCCGCAUGAAGGGCUACCAGCUGGCGGGUGUGGAGGCUGGUUACGCCUGCUUCUGUGGCUCUGAAAGCGACCUGGCCCGGGGACGCCUGGCCCCUGCCACCGACUGUGACCAGAUCUGCUUUGGCCACCCUGGCCAGCUGUGUGGCGGCGAUGGGCGGCUGGGCAUCUAUGAAGUGUCCGUAGGCUCCUCAGGAAACUGGACGGCUCCCCAGGGUGUCAUCUACUCUCCGGAUUUCCCGGAUGAGUACGGGCCAGACCGGAACUGCAGCUGGGUGCUAGGCCCGACGGGCGCCGCGCUGGAGCUCACCUUCCGCCUCUUCGAGUUGGCAGAUCCGCGCGACCGACUAGAACUGCGCGACGCGGGCUCCGGCAGCCUGCUCUUCGCCUUCGACGGCGCCCGGCCGCCUCCGCCCGCGCCACUGCGCCUGCGCGCAGCUGCGCUGCUGCUCACCUUCCGCAGCGACGCGCGCGGCCACGCGCAGGGCUUCGCGCUCACCUACCGCGGGCUGCAGGAUGCUACUGAGGACCGCGCGCCCCCCAAGGGUUCGGCCCAGACUCCCGUAGAGCCCCCCGACGGGACCAACGUGAGCUGCAGCCCCAGGCCUGGAGCUCCGCAGGCUGCAAUGGGGGCCCGGGUCUUCUCGACGGUAACGGCCAUCUCCGUGCUGCUGCUGCUGCUCCUGUCGCUGCUGCGUUUGCUGCGCCGACGGAGCUGUCUGCUGGCUCCGGGAAAAGGGCCUCUGGCCUUGGGGCCUUCCCGGGGCCCCGGGAGAAGCUGGGCUGUGUGGUACCGCCGGCCCCGAGGGGUGGCCCUGCCCUGUCCCCCCGGGGACCCUCAGGCUGAGGGUCCUGCCGCAGGCUACCGGCCCCUGAGUGCCUCCAGCCAGAGCUCCUUGCGCUCGCUCAUCUCUGCUCUCUGA